AUGAUGAGUUAUUUGCUUAUUAUGUCGACGAUGAUGAGUACUAAUUCAUCGCCAUCUCCGUCUUCAUCACUGAUACUGGAUCAACCUACCAAAACUUCAUCAGUAUCAUUGAAGUUCAUCUAUUUUUUUCGGAGAGUAUAUGGCGAACAUUAUCCUCCUGGCUUUCUUAGAAAGGUGUUAGCAGAGUUAAUAGCUACGUUUCUAUUGGUUUUUGUGACUUGCGGAUCAGCAGCAUUAAGUAGCAGUGAUGAAGGCAGAAUCUCCAAGUUAGGAGCUUCCAUUGCCGGUGGACUUAUUGUAACGGUUAUGAUAUAUGCAGUUGGCCAUGUUUCAGGUGCUCAUAUGAACCCUGCCGUCACUUGCGCAUUUGCGGCUGUAAGGCGCUUCCCAUGGAAACAGGUACCCUUUUAUGCUGCAGCUCAACUAACUGGAGCAUUGGUUGCAUCAUUUACCCUUCUAAUUUUACUGCGCCCUAUCAAAAACAUAGGAACUACUUCUCCUUCCGGAACUGACUUUCAAGCUUUAGUGAUGGAAAUAGUUGUAACAUUCUCCAUGAUGUUUGUCACCGCAGCAGUUGCCACUGAUACUAAAGCAGUUGGAGAAUUAGCAGGCAUGGCAGUUGGUUCUGCAGUUUGCAUCACUUCUAUAUUAGCCGGGCCUGUGUCAGGUGGAUCGAUGAACCCAGUGCGGACAAUUGGUCCUGCAAUUGCCAGCAAACAUUACAAAGGAAUUUGGGUGUAUAUUGUUGGACCGUUAUUCGGGACACUAACAGGUGCAUGGUCUUAUAAUCUCAUACGAGGCUUGGAGGAUCCAAUUGCACCAUCACCAGGGUCAUCUUCCAUUAGGAUUCGUCGAUCCCAACGCAAUUACGAUGAGCAACCAGAUGUACCAAACAAAGAUCCUCUCGAGAUUAUCUAGUUAUUCUCUCUAAAUUCAUUGUUGUUGCAUUAUUUAAAACCCAUUGCAACUGGGAUUAUUGUAAUUGGUGGCUCUUAUACUUAAUGUAAGAGUGAAGCAGUGCGGAAGCUUUGAAUAGAUAUCCAAAACUCAUGUUUCCAA